ACGACAACUUUGAGCGUUUUCGCUGCGCUUUUGUCUCAAUUUUGGUUGAGUGAAACUCGUUCUUGUGGCAUUCAACGUGAAACACAUAAAAGUACGCCAGCUCGUUAUUUGAGAUUCAGUUACAGUUUCAGUUUCAACUUUACUAGCCAGCUGCCAGCUGCCAGUUCCAGCUCCAGCUCCUGUUGUUGCCCAGUGUUAAAUACUCGAUCAUGUGGUCCACCCGCCUACUUCAUUUGCUCGGUUGCCUUGCACUGGCCCUGAGCACGGCUCGGGCGCAGUUCUUCUACCAUCAGGCUUUGGGGCUACCAGCAAAGGCCUCGUAUCAGCCAGAAUCGCCAUAUGUGGGUUAUGCCACGGCAGAUGCGCAUCCGUCGGUGGUCAAGAAUGCCCAAUGGGAAUCGGAGCUGCCAGGUGAACUUUCCAAGAGUGCCCGCUUCUACAGCGAUCCGGUCAUAGCGGCCAAUCUGGCCAAGGAGUCGCUGUUGACGCGCAAGGAGAUGGCGGUUGUGCAUCGCGAGGCGGAUAAGAUUCCACGCGAACAGGUCUACAAGCUCUUCAAGAACGCGGGCUACCUGAGUCGCAGAUAGACGGGGAAAAACAAUUUCCAUUUCCCAUGUGCCUUGUUGUAUUCUAGUUUGUAAUCUGUUGCAUAUGUUUACUUUGAAGUGUUAAUAUAAUCAAACAUUUUUAA